GCUUGGGCGGCGGGGCUGGUUUAAAGGCGCCGCCCCUACUCCCGUGCCCCGUCCAGUGGCUGAGGGAGAGAGAACGAAGCGGCUAGCAGGGACCGGCGCAUCACGCAGCUCUACAACAAUGCCUGGGUCUCUACCUGUGAAUGCUGAAGCCUGUUGGCCAAAAGAUGUGGGAAUUGUUGCCCUGGAGAUUUAUUUUCCUUCUCAGUAUGUUGACCAGACAGAAUUGGAAGCAUUUGAUGGUGUGGAUGCUGGGAAGUACACCAUUGGCUUGGGUCAAUCGAAGAUGGGAUUCUGCUCAGAUAGAGAAGAUAUCAACUCGCUCUGCUUGACUGUGGUACAGAAGCUUAUGGAGAGGAAUAGUCUCUCGUAUGAUUGCAUUGGGAGAUUAGAAGUUGGAACAGAGACAAUCAUUGACAAGUCAAAAUCUGUGAAGACUGUCCUGAUGCAGCUCUUUGAGGAUUCUGGUAAUACAGAUGUCGAAGGGAUUGACACAAUAAAUGCAUGCUAUGGAGGCACUGCUGCUAUCUUUAAUGCUGUUAACUGGGUUGAGUCCAGUUCUUGGGAUGGUCGUUAUGCGCUUGUUGUUGCUGGAGACAUAGCUGUGUAUGCCACUGGGAAUGCCAGGCCAACUGGUGGAGCUGGUGCUGUUGCUAUGUUAAUUGGUCCAAAUGCUCCUUUAAUUUUUGAGCGAGGACUGCGUGGGACCCACAUGCAGCAUGCAUAUGAUUUUUAUAAGCCAGAUAUGGUGUCUGAAUAUCCUGUAGUUGAUGGUAAACUAUCUAUUCAGUGCUACCUCAGUGCAUUAGAUCGCUGCUAUUUUGUCUACCGCAACAAAAUCCGUGCUCAGUGGCAAAAAGAAGGAAGUGACAGAGACUUUACUUUGAAUGACUUUGGCUUCAUGAUCUUCCAUUCUCCGUACUGUAAACUUGUACAGAAAUCUGUGGCUCGACUGUUGUUGAAUGACUUUCUUAGUGACCAGAACUCUAAAACAGAAAAUGGUAUCUAUAGUGGCUUGGAAGCUUUCAGGGAUGUAAAACUGGAGGAUACCUAUUUUGACAGAGAUGUGGAGAAGGCGUUUCUGAAAGCUAGUGCUGAACUCUUUAAUCAGAAAACCAAAGCUUCAUUACUUCUAUCCAAUCAAAAUGGAAACAUGUACACCCCUUCAGUCUAUGGCUGCCUUGUUUCUCUUCUAGCACAGUACUCCCCACUGCAGCUAGCAGGACAAAGAAUUGGUGUGUUCUCCUAUGGCUCUGGUUUUGCUGCUACACUCUACUCCAUUAGAGUUACGCAGGAUGCCACACCUGGUUCUUCUCUGGAUAAAAUAACUGCUAACCUAUCUGAUCUGAAAACAAGACUUGACUCAAGAAAGUGUAUUGCACCAGAUGUCUUCGCUGAAAACAUGAAGAUUAGACAGGAAACGCAUCACUUGGCCAACUACAUUCCACAGUGUUCAGUGGAUGAUCUCUUCGAGGGAACGUGGUACCUAGUGCGAGUGGAUGAAAAACACAGAAGAACUUAUGCUCGACGUCCAGUGCUGGGUGAUGGGCUUUUGGAAGCAGGAGCUGAGGUUGUCCAUCCAAGCAUAGUUCAUGAGCUUAUCCCGAGCCCUGCUAAGAAAGUGCCAAGAAUCCCUGCAACCACAGAAUCUGAAGCUGUUGCUGUCUCUGUUUCCAAUGGAGAGCAUUAAUAUACCUCUGUGAGGUGUGAAAUGGGCGUGUGGUGGGAAAGGAAAAGGGAUUAAAUAUUAUCUAAAUUUCACUGUACAGAAAUAUUCUAAUUGGAGCAUGGAAAACUGUUUAAACUCCUUGACAGGCUUUGUUUAAUUUGGUUUCAUAACACUAAAGCAUGAAUGUAUUGGAAAAGAAAAAGGCAAAGGUUCUGAGGGCUUUCAUAACUCUGGAUGUUGGUGUGGUUUUAAAAAAAGAUUCAGGAAUGGGUGUACCAAUUACAAGAUCUUGUUAAGUGGACACAGAAAAACUGGAAUUUUGCUUGACUUCCCAACUUAAGUUAAACCUUCUAAAAUAGGUUUAAAUGUGCAUGCACAAAUUCACCCUGGGAGUAAAAUUUUCUAAAUGGAAGGGGGGGGGGGGAAACGAAUGGGUUCCCUCCUCUCCCCAAAAACUAACCAAAAGCCAUUCUCUCUCUCUCUCUUUCUUUCUUUUUCAGAAGUCACUUUGGUUUUCAAUGUUGGGGUCCUCACUGCAUUGACAAUAAGUGGUCAGUUUUCUAAAUACAAUAUACCCAUUUCUUCCCCAGCUAAAAAAAUUAAGAUAGGAAUAGGUAUUAAGUGAUCAAAAAUCCGUGACCACCUUAUAGAUUUGAUCUCCAUCUAACUUCCAGUGCCCGAAUCACAUCAAUUUUAGCCACAUCCUUAAAGCCCACCACUAUACUUUUUUGGCAACAUGAGCAGAGGCCAAGGACUGAAUGAAGUUGGAGUCUUUUUUGUUGUCCCUCCACUGAGCAGUUCUUGGCAGGGCAGUGGGAAGAAAGCUGCAUCUGUCAAAUAAAGGGUUUAAUUCCUUAAUUCUUUCAAUCUGGCACCUUUUAAAAAGCAUUUAGGUUUAAUACUCUUUUUUUGUCAGAAUGAUCACAGCGCAGACUUCUAGUCCUCGAUUUCCAAAUACAAUGGGGGAGUUCAUUGAAACUGACAAACCACAAAGGGAAAAGAUGUGACAGCUCCUCCUUGACUCCUGGCUCUUCUACUGUAUUUUUCUUAAUGACAGUUUUUAACUCUGAACUCCAUAACUGAUUUCAUAUUUCACACUCCCCUUGUACUUCUAUAACAAGACUGUUGCAGGAAAACACACAAACCUUCUUCCAUCUUUCCAGUCUGAAAGCUGUUCAUCAUGCAAGGAGCAAAUGCCCAAAACUAGUGGGGAGACCAUUCUGAGCUGUCAAGAGCCUUGCUAGUUUGUAAAAUAUAUUUAAAUUGUUCUAAUGUACAGGACUGAGUUUAAUUUUUGUUAAUUCUUGUUUAAUUUUAUUUCACUGUCCACUUCA